UGGAACGCUGAAUUUGCCUUGCAACAUUGCGUUGCAGAGGCAGUUGCAGUACAUUCUGUGUGGUGCAUACGUUCAUGCAUCAAAUUGUAUGCGUAGACUUGACAGAAAGUAGCAAAAUAUGAAUGUAGAUUUUUUUUGCACACAUAUUCAGUAAAAAUGUGCAUAAAAACAGUUUGAUUGCAUAAUUUCUUCACAUUUUUUAUUAAUUUAUUUGCCAAGUAUAUUAUUUAUUCGAUAAUAUCCACAAAUUAAUUGUGAGAGCCUAUAAUAUAAUUUCCCUCCAAAAUGUAGUUUUGGAGCGAAAUGCAAUAAUAAAUAGUCAAGAUAGCAGAGUAGGCUCUUUCAACAAUGAGACCAACGUUGAAGAAGGUGGUCUUGAUCGUGUUGUUGGCCCGGGACCAGCCCCUCCGAAAGCGCAGGUCUGUGUGGGUCCAGAGAUGGUUAAAGUCCCGAAAGCAGGCAGGGGAGUUCCACCGUCUUAUUAAAGAGCUUCGACUGUUUGGAGAGGAAUUCCGAAGUUACUUUCGUCUGGACCGAAGCCAGUUCGAUCACCUGCUCCAGAUGGUUGGAGCCAGGAUCACCCGGAUGGAUACCAACUACCGGGAGUCCAUCAGCCCAGUUGAACACCUGGCGAUUUGUCUCCGAUUCUUGGCGACAGGGGACUCCUACAGGACCAUAGGAUUCAGCUUCCGAGUUGGACGGUCCACGGUGGCAGGCAUUGUCCCCUCUGUGGCACAAGCCAUUUGGGACUGUCUGGUUGGUGAAUACAUGCCUGUCCCCAAGGAGGAAGACUGGAGGGCCAUCGCUGCCAAGUUCCUGGAGAGGUGGAAUUACCCCAACUGUCUUGGCUCCAUUGAUGGGAAACAUGUAGUAAUCCAGGCUCCACCGUGCUCAGGUUUGCAAUUCUACAACUACAAGGGUAAAUAUUCAGUUGUACUCUUGGCUGUAGUAGAUGCCAUCUACUGUUUCCGUGUUGUCGAUGUUGGUGCUUACGGCAAGGGAAGUGAUGGCGUGAGCCUCUGAGACUGCCUUUGGCCAGGCACUUCAGGAUGGCACCCUGGAUAUUCCACCACCUGCAUCACUCCCUAGGGCUGAAGACCUAGGACCUGUUCCCCGCGUCUUCGUCAGCAAUAAGGCCUUCCCUUUAAGACCCAACCUCGUGAGGCCCUACGCUGGACGCCAGCUGCCAUUGCCAAAGCCUGUAAGGAUCUUUAACAAACGACUGUCCAGGGCAAGGUUAGUCAUUGAAUGCGCCUUUGGGAUUCUGGCAGCCCGAUGGAGAAUGUAUUGGAGAGUGCUUGGUCUCAGCACCUCAAAUGUCGAUGCCUGUGUGAAGGCCACAUGUGUUCUCCACAACUAUCUGCGGAGGCCAUUCCAGGAGCCGCUCCGGAUGGAGAUGGACACGCCAAAUGGUCACCUUCCUGAUGUCACCAGGGCAGGUGCCAACAACGCCCCCAGACAGGCACUCCAGGUGAGGGAGAAGCUGACCACCUACUUCUCAUCGCCAGCACGUGAAGUCCCAUGGCAGUAUGCCGUGGAGUGAAACGGCUCUUUUAAGAGCCCCAUAACACAAAGGUUCUUUUAAGAACCCUCCACUGUUGUCCAUAAAAUUGCAUUUUCCCCCAGAUUACUUUAUGUAUCAUUGUCUCUCAUUUGGAAGCUAUAUUUAAGUGAAAUUUGGGAGUAAAG